AUGACACUCACCAACACGUCCUACGCUCCCGCGAUCUCUCUCGAAGACGAAUUCGGGAUCGUAUACCUCGUUGAGAAUGCCCAACAAUUCUGGUCGGAGCUCGAGGAUCUCCUCAACUUUCCAAAGGACGAGAUCCCAACCCUGUCGUUGCUAGACUCGACGCUGAAGCGCUAUCUGGCUUUGUGCGCGGCAUACCACGAACAGUACUUGCAGAGCCCAUUACAGCUCGAGCAUGCCUGCCAGCUCUUGCUCGACUCGGAACUCUUCGCGUUCCACUCCGAACGGAUGUGUGAGAUCUUAGUAGAGGACACACGUUCGUCGACCGAUCCGCAUGCACAAUUCAUAUUCUUCAACGUCCUCCUCGCUUUCGGGCGGCGUCGGGCGGAUUUCUUUCGGUCACACAAGCGAUGGCAGCCGCUCGUACCGCUGCUCAUGGAUCACGUUCUCGUAGAAAUAGACCCCGACACGGAGGACACGUACACGGGCUCUCAGCAGACGCCAAUGGUGGUCCCGAUCGAAGCCAAGCUCCGGAGCUUGAGUGUGAGGCUGUUGUACGAAGUCUGCAGGGUCCAGAAGCUGUCCGUGCAGGAUCUCCGAAUUUUCGAUGACGCUUUCAUUGACUAUCUAUUUGACCUUGUGGAGCAGACCAGGGACAUGAGCGACGACUCGUUCAAUUAUUCGGUCAUCAAACUUAUAGUGUCGCUCAACGAACAGUUCAUGGUUGCGUCCUUGAGUGCACAGAGCUCCGAACUGGUUGACCCAAAUGCCGAUCCAGCACAACCAUCUACUAUCAAGAAUCGCGUCCUCAGAGUACUUAUGCGACGACUUAACUCUACGAAGACAUUUGGAGAAAACAUGAUAUUCAUGCUUAACCGAGCAGAACGAACGCCGGAGGGCUUAUGCAUGCAACUGCUAGUCCUCAAGAUCCUCUAUUUGUUAUUCACGACUCAUGGGACCUCUGAGUACUUUUACACGAACGACCUGUGCGUACUUGUGGAUGUAUUUCUUCGAGAACUCGUCGAUUUAGACGAAGAAAGCGAAUCACUACGCCACACAUACCUUCGCGUACUCCACCCACUCCUCACCAAAACACAACUCCGUUUCACUCCCUACAAACGCCCACAGAUCAUGCGCUGUCUCGAAUCCCUCAUCAGCAACACCUCCUUCCGAGACAUCAACUCCACGACCAAACGCCUCGUCGAACGAUGUCUUGGCGGCGAAUGGUGCGUUCAACUCAAAUCCCAGAGCCCGCCGCCGCAGUCCCCUUCGACGUCGUCGUUGUUCAGCGACCCAGGCGCCUCGGACGGCAGGAGCAGUGGCAGUGAGUCGUCCACCCCGCAAGGACACGCACACUCCUCCAGCGGGGCCGGGUACCACAGUUCGUCUGGGCCGGCCUCCAAGACACUCAAAUCCAGCAAGAGCGUGGAGCACAUGCACAGCAAAUCCUCCCCAGCUUUGAAAUCCCCACUCUCCUCUACCCCGUCGUACUCCAUUGUGCGCCCAGGGCUUGAGAAUCUGCGUAGGCCCAGCAAUGCGAGCUCGAUCAGUUUGCAUGGCGUUGCGUCAGCUGUUGUGUCCUCAGCCGCCAAAGCGAGCGCGGUGCACCCGUCCAGACGGCCGGGAACGGUGGAUUCUGUGAUGCCAGAACACGCGCACCAUGUGUCUCACAAUCAUCCGUCGCAGCAUGAUACUGCAGAGGAUGGUAGUAGGAGCGACAGCGGGGCUGCUUCGCACGCAAAUGGUUCAGGUUUACCAGCCACUUCAACCGUCAAGCAAAGGCGUACAGCUCCCCCACCCCCUGCCCCACCAAAGAGGAGAAAGCCCCCAGCUGUACCUGUGGGCAGAACUAACGGCGGUGCAGUGAUUACGGCUAUCAAAUCGUCGGCACCAACCAGUCCCUUGGCACGGUAG